AGGUAAAGAGUCUGGAGCGGACACUGGGAGAGUCAGAAGCACAUCCGGUGUUAGAAGAGCUGUGUGGGCUCCUGAGAGGCGGGUUAGAAGAGCGGAGGCUGUGUCCCACAGACACUAGCAUCAUGAAUAUAUUUGAUCGGAAGAUCAACUUCGAUGCACUCUUUAAAUUUUCCCACAUAACCCCCUCGACACAGCAGCACCUGAAGAAGGUUUAUGCCAGUUUUGCCUUCUGUAUGUUUGUGGCGGCUGCGGGGGCCUAUGUCCAUGUGGUCACCCAUUUCAUUCAGGCUGGCCUGCUCUCUGCCUUGGGCUCUUUGGGGUUGAUGAUUUGGCUGAUGGCAACACCUCACAGCCAUGAAACUGAGCAAAAAAGACUGGGACUUCUGGCUGGAUUUGCUUUCCUUACAGGAGUUGGCCUGGGCCCUGCUCUGGACUUGUGCAUUGCCAUCAACCCCAGCAUCCUUCCCACUGCCUUCAUGGGCACAGCAAUGAUCUUCACCUGCUUCACCCUGAGUGCACUCUAUGCCAGGCGCCGUAGCUACCUCUUUCUAGGAGGUAUCUUGAUGUCGGCCAUGAGCCUGAUGCUCUUGUCUUCCCUGGGGAACCUUUUCUUCGGAUCUGUUUGGCUUUUCCAGGCAAACCUGUACAUGGGGCUGGUGGUCAUGUGUGGCUUUGUCCUUUUUGAUACUCAACUCAUUAUUGAAAAGGCUGAAAAUGGAGAUAAAGAUUAUAUCUGGCACUGCGUUGACCUCUUCUUAGAUUUCGUAACUCUCUUCAGAAAGCUCAUGAUGAUCCUGGCUAUGAAUGAGAAGGAUAAGAAGAAGAAGAAGUGAAGCAGCCAUCCAGCUUUCCCCAAUUUGACUUCCUCUCCCUCCGCCCCUCAUUUCCUCUUUGCACACAUUACAGGUGGCGUGUUCUGUGAUAAUGAAAAGCAUCAGAAAAGCUUUUGUACUUUGUGGUUUUCUCUAUUUUGAAUUUUUUGAUCCAAAAAACUGAUUAGCAGAAUA